GACGGAGAAGAAAUCGAAGAAUCUUAUUUACUUCCUCGCUCAUAUUCUUUUGUUCAAGAAAAUACCAGUGAAUGUUUCAAUAACAUUCAAGAUGAAAUUGGUGAAUGUUCCAACUCCAAUAACAUUGAUGUUGAAAUCGAUGAUAAAGAAUAUUCAAAUAAUGAAAAUAAUGAUAUUGAAAUGUUUGAUACAGACAUGUUUGAAUUUUGA